ACGGCAGUCUUCUAGAAGCAGCUGAAAUCUGGAAUGGACAUGGAAAUCCUUAAGUGGUUCACAAAAUAUGACACAUACGUGAAGGCGAAGAUGUCUCAAGUGAAGCAAGUAGGUCUUCUAGCUGCUGGGUGCCAGCCAUGGAACAAAGAUGUCUGUGCUGCUAGUGGGGACAGAUUUGCUUACUGUGCUACUUUAGCUAUUUAUGUAUAUCAGCUGGAUCACAGAUACAAUGAAUUUAAACUCCGUGCAAUCAUGUCAGAGCACAAAAAGACAAUCACAGCCAUCUCCUGGUGUCCACACAACCCUGACAUGUUUGCCAGUGCCAGCGCAGACAAUCUAGUGAUCAUCUGGAAUGUGGCUGAACAGAAAGUGGUGGCCAGGCUUGACAGCACCAAAGGAAUGCCAGCCUCGCUGAGUUGGUGUUGGAAUUCUGGCGAUGCUGUAGCCUUUGUAUCACACAGAGGGCCCCUUUAUAUCUGGACUAUCUCUGGACCAGACAGUGGUGUGGCUGUUCACAAAGAAGCCCACAGCUUUCUUUCGGACAUCUGUCUAUUUCGGUGGCAUCCAAGAAAAAAAGGAAAAGUUGUCUUUGGACACACAGAUGGCAGCCUUUCCAUUUUUCAACCAGGUUGUAAGAGUCAGAAGCAUGUACUGAGACCGGAAUCACUGGAGGGAACAGAUGAGGAGGAUCCAGUAACAGCACUAGAAUGGGACCCACUUUCCACUGAUUACCUUCUUGUUGCUAAUUUACACAAUGGGAUCCGACUAGUAGACUCUGAGUCCUUAUCUUGUAUUACUACAUUCAGUUUUCCAAGUGCAGCAGCAUCUGUUCAGUGCUUAGCCUGGGUCCCAACAGCCCCAGGCAUGUUCAUAACAGGAGAUUCCCAGGUUGGUGUAUUACGAGUAUGGAAUGUUUCCAAGACAACACCUAUAGAUAAUUUCAAAUUGAAGAAGACUGGUUUCCAUGCAUUACAUGUCCUCAACUCUCCUCCCAAGAAAAAAACACAAUCCCCUACAAAGAACCAUCACACGUCAUCCACUAGUGAGGCAGUCCCUCCUCCCACUCUGACACCGAACCAUGCCUUCUCACUACCUCCCGGUCAUGCCGUCUGUUGCUUCAUGGAUGGAGGAGUCGGCCUUUAUGAUAUGGGUGCUAAGAAGUGGGAUUUCUUGCGGGACUUGGGCCACAUUGAAACCAUCUUUGAUUGCAAAUUUAAACCCGACGAUCCAAAUUUAUUGGCUACUGCAUCAUUUGAUGGUACAAUAAAAGUCUGGGACAUCAACACGUUAACAGCUGUGUAUACAUCGCCAGGAAAUGAAGGUGUUAUCUACUCAUUGUCCUGGGCACCAGGAGAUUUAAAUUGCAUAGCAGGAGCAACAUCGCGGAAUGGGGGUUUCAUCUGGGACGUUAAGAAAGGGAAAAUGAUAACACGAUUCAAUGAG